AUGGGCGGCAGCCGCAAGACGCCUUCAGUCGGGGACUCUUCGAGGAUCCUGUUGCCCCGGCUUAUCGACCGCGGCGGCGGUGGUGGCGGCAGCAGAAGCAGCCAGUUGUGUCUGCUGAGCCCGACCCGGGGAGCCGAUUACAGCUGCCGCCGAGCGUUCAAUGAGAUGGCCUGGUUCAAGAAAAUAGCUGCAGCGGGUGUGUGCUUCUUGGUCGGCUUGACGGUCAGCAUCAGCUUCAUUCGCGUGAAGUUGUCCACGGGACCGCAGGCGAUGCGGCACCUCCAGAUGCCCGACAUCGGGGGAUCCCGAUUCCCCAUCGACUGCGAGGCCGUCGUUGUGCGGGGCGACAACGCCGACAACGACGCGACCUCGAACGCGGCACUGCUGGCCCUGACGGUGGAAUUCCGGAAGGGGGCGAAUCUCGACGAGGGCGGCCUGCUAAACGCGACGCACGACUGCGCGGCCUUCAAGCGUGAGCGGCGCUACUUGACUUUGCCGCUGAGCCGUGAGGAGGCGGCCUUCCCCAUCGCCUAUGCCAUCAUCGCCCACCACCGCGUGGACAUGCUGGAGAGGCUGCUGCGUGCCGUCUACGCCCCACAGAACCUCUACUGCCUCCACGUGGACGCCAAGUCCCCCCGCGCCUACCUGGAGGCGGUGCGCGCCCUCGCCGCCUGCUUCCCCAACGUGUUUGUGGCCCGCCGGCUGGAGGCGGUGGUCUACGCCUCGUGGUCGCGCGUGCAGGCCGACCUCAACUGCAUGCGCGAGCUGGUGGAGCGGGCCGGCGAGCACCCCUGGAGGUACUUCAUCAACCUCUGCGGCCUCGACUUCCCCAUCAAGACCAACCUGGAGAUUGUGCGGGCGCUGCGUGGGCUGCACGGCUCCAACAGCUUGGAGUCGACGAAGACCCCGGGCUACAAGAGGCAUCGUUGGGAGUAUCACUACGAGGUCGUGGGCGACCUAGUGAAAAUCACGGACGUCAAGAAGUCCCCCCCGCCCAUCCCGUCGCCGAUGUUCGCGGGCAGCGCCUACAUGGUGGUGACGCGUGCCUUCGUGGAGCACGUGCUGAGCGACCCCACGGCUCAGGCCUUCGUGGAGUGGUCGAGGGACACCUACAGCCCCGACGAGCACCUGUGGGCGACGCUGCAGCGGAUGCCCGGGGUUCCCGGCUCUACGCCCUGGCACAACGCGUACGACGCGACGGACGUGUCGGCGAUCGUGCGCGCCGUCAAAUGGUCCUCGUUCCAGGGAGACGUGGCCACGGGGGCGGCCUACCCGCCCUGCCGCGGCGCUUACGUGAGGCAGAUCUGCGUCUACGGGGUGGGCGACCUGCCGUGGCUCGUGCGGCAGCGCCAGCUCUUCGCCAACAAAGUGGACACAGCGGUCGACCCUGUGGCUGUGCAUUGCCUGGAGUGGUACCUCCGCAACAGGGCGGUGACGUGGGCGGACAGGAUGCAAAUUGAAUCCUCCAACGAGGAGGCCAUGAGGUUCAGCCUCACCGCGAUUUGCUUUCCUGGAAAAUCGCGUUGCGGCUGA